AUGUCAGAUCGCAACUCGCCAGAAAUCCCACGCGAGCCCCCUCUCGAGACAGAUCUUUACGAUAUACUUGGUGUCAGCGAAGAUGCGAAACCAGAGAAUAUCAAAUCCGCAUACAAGAAGCUAGCGCUGAAACACCAUCCUGACAAGGCACCGGCCGACUCCAAAGACGAAGCAAACCACAAGUUCCAGCAGAUAGCCUUCGCUUAUGCCAUACUCUCCGACGAACGCCGUCGUAAGCGAUUCGACCUGACCGGUAGCACGGCUGAAGCGGUCAACGAAGAUGAAGACUUCAACUGGAUGGACUUUUACCGCGAACAAUUCUCUGCGUCCGUGGAUGUGAAUGCACUGGAGCAAUUGAAGAAGGAAUAUCAGGGAUCGGAGGAGGAAGAGCGCGACGUGCUCGCAGCUUUUGAGAAGAGUAAGGGUGAUAUGGACAAGGUCUACGAGUCGGUGAUGCUGUGCAAUGUCCUCGAUGACGAUGAGCGGUUCCGGGCUAUCAUCGACAAGGCCAUUGCUGAUGGCGAGGUGAAGAAUUACAAGGAUUACUCAGAGGAACCGGAGAGCAAGCGCCAGCAGCGGAUAGAAGCAGCGCAGAAGGAGGCCGAGGAAGCGGAGGAGUUGGCCAAGGAGAUUGAGGAAAAGAAAGAGGCGAAGUGCAAGAGCGGAGGUGGGAGGAAGAAGAAGGCCAAGGAUAAUGCCUUGGAUGAUAAUGCGCUGGUGGCUAUGAUCAAGCAGCGACAGGCGAAUCGCGCUGAGUCGUUUUUCGACAAGUUGGAGGAGAAAUAUGCACCCAAGGGCCAUAGAAAACGAGCUGCGCAGAUGGAUGAGCCUCCCGAGGAAGCUUUUGCUGUUACGGGGGAGCGCAAGUCGUCCGGCGGUGGUAAGAAGAAGAAGAAGACUAGGGCGUGA